CCGCCCCCGCCGCCCGCCCAAUGGCGCGGGCCGCAGCCCGGCCCAUGCCGUCACCCCGGGCAGCGCGGCCGCGGGUUGGCUCCGGCGGCGGCAAUCGUCACAUGGGCAGAGAUCAGCCCAGCGCCGCGAUCUGUCACAUGGGCUCGCACCAGCCCGCCCCGCCGCGCCGCCCUGCCCCGCGGAGCCACGGCGGAUGGCGGCGAGCGCCGAGAAGAUGCUGAACUUCAUGGAGGUCGGCGGGUCCCUGCUGGAGCGGGUGGCCGUCGGCAACCCCCUCUCCCUGGUGCUGGCCGCCUCUGCCUUCGCGCUCAGCCUCGGCUACCUGUUCCAGCUGGGCUACCGGCGGCACCUCGGCUCCGAGCAGCAGAACUACCCACCUUUUAUUUCAUCAAGCAUCCCUUUUCUUGGUCAUGCAAUUGCAUUUGGAAAAAGUCCCAUUGAAUUUUUGGAAAAUGCUUAUGACAAGUAUGGACCUGUGUUCAGUUUCACUAUGGUUGGCAAGACAUUCACAUACUUACUGGGUAGUGAUGCUGCUGCUCUACUGUUCAAUAGUAAAAACGAAGAUCUGAAUGCAGAGGACGUGUACUCUCGGUUAACUACGCCGGUCUUUGGCAGGGGAGUUGCCUAUGACGUCCCUAAUGCGAUAUUUUUGGAACAGAAGAAAAUGCUCAAAACUGGGCUAAACAUUGCCCAGUUUAGACAGCAUGUAUCUGUGAUUGAAGAAGAAACAAAGGAGUAUUUCAAAGCAUGGGGAGAACAAGGAGAGAAAAACCUGUUUGAAGCCCUUUCAGAACUGAUCAUUUUGACAGCAAGUCAUUGCUUACAUGGGAAGGAAAUCCGAGGCUUGCUGGAUGAGAAGGUGGCUCAGCUGUACGCCGACCUGGACGGGGGUUUCACUCACGCUGCCUGGCUGCUGCCAGGCUGGCUGCCUCUGCCGAGCUUCAGGCGACGAGAUCGAGCACACAGAGAAAUAAAGAAUAUUUUCUACAAGGUUAUCCAGAAACGUCGAAAGUCUGAGGAAAAGGAGGAUGACAUGCUCCAAACUCUACUUGAUGCUUCAUACAAGGACGGGCGCGCGCUGACGGACGAUGAAAUUGCGGGAAUGCUGAUCGGGCUGCUGCUGGCAGGGCAGCACACUUCCUCCACCACCAGCGCCUGGCUCGGCUUCUUCCUCGCCAGGGACAAAGCCAUACAGGAUCAGUGCUAUGCAGAGCAGAGAGCAGUGUGUGGGGAUGACCUGCCACCCUUAUCUUAUGACCAGCUCAAGGAUCUCAGUUUGCUGGAUCGCUGUCUGAAAGAAACUUUAAGGCUCAGACCUCCUAUAAUGACCAUGAUGAGAAUGGCAAGAACUCCUCAGACUAUUGCUGGAUACAAUAUUCCCCCUGGCCACCAAGUGUGUGUAUCUCCCACUGUUAACCACAGACUCAGAGACUCCUGGAAUGACGCUCUGGACUUCAAGCCUGACAGAUACCUCCAAGAUAACCCCGCAGCUGGAGAGAAGUUUGCAUACAUUCCAUUUGGUGCUGGCCGUCAUCGCUGCAUUGGAGAAAACUUUGCUUACGUUCAAAUUAAGACUAUUUGGUCUACUUUGCUUCGUUUGUAUGAAUUCGAUCUCAUCAAUGACUAUUUCCCAACUAUAAAUUACACAACAAUGAUACACACACCUAACAACCCUGUUAUCAGAUACAAGAGGCGGUCACUGUAAACACUGGUGCUAAAACCUUACUUUUUAAAGUUGAGUGAACUAACAGACUUUUGAAUGAAAUUGUGGCAGAAUAAGUGGCAGAUGGAAGCUACUGUUAGGAAAGCAACAGUAGUCUACCAAAUGCAAAAGUUUUGCAUCUAUUUUGUUUGCCCACACUAUUUACUGCUGCUGUGUAUAAUUGCUUGUUCUAUAAUUUUCUCAUUGCAUUUUUAAAGCAAAAAUGUCUUUUCAAUUGAUGUAAUGGUUUUAAGGUGCAUGCCAGAUCUUUAAUGAAGAAAAAAGUAAUUUGUACAAAUGGAACUCCUUCCUUUUGAAAAAUAAUUGAAGAUUACUUUCCCCAGAUAACCAA